AUGAGUCCUAUUCUUGGGCUUGUUGUUCUCUUUCUUUCUCUGUGGCUUGCAUUAUUCGUUCAUGCUGUUCAUGACGAAGAUGUUAGGACUUAUAUUGUAAGAGUCAAUAAUAGGAUGAAACCAUCUGUUUAUGCAGGUGUCAACCACUGGUACGACUCCACUCUUCAAAGCCUGGAAAACUACUCCGCUAAACAGUACUCAUCCAAACUCGUUCAUGUUUACCAAACAGUUUUCCAUGGCUUCUCCGCUAAACUAACCCCGCGGCAAGCCCAACAGCUCGAGAAGCGGCCGUGGGUCGUUGAUGUUUUCCCCGACCGAGUUUACAAGUUACACACGACCCGGACGCCUUAUUUCCUCGACUUAUACUCUGAUCUCAACUUUUCGGUUGCUGCGCCUUUGUUGAAAUAUUCUGAUUAUGGCUCGAACGUCAUCAUCGGAUUCCUCGACAGUGGUAUCAAGCCGGACCACCCUAGCUUCAACGACACGGGCCUCGUAGACCUCCCAGUGGGCAGAUGGAAAGGCAAUUGCACGGUGGAAGGGUUUCGGUGCAACAACAAAGUCAUUGGCGUUAGGAUCAUUAACGAUGAUGGAACGGACGUGAGUCACGGCACGCACACGGGGUCCACGGCUGCAGGAGUGGCCGUCGAGAACGUGUUUUAUUCCGACAACGCGAGCGGCACAGCCGUCGGAGUUGCGCCCAAGGCACGAAUUGCAAUCUACAAAGUAUGCAAUGAUGAUGGUAUCUGCCUGGGAUCGUACGUUCUCGCUGGUUUUGAAAAGGCGGUGGAGGAUGGGGUCGACAUAAUCUCCGCCUCCUUCGGAGACCAAGCUCAUGAAGACUUUUACAAGGACCCCGUCGCGAUCGGGGCAUUUGGUGCCAUGGCGAGGAACAUUUCGGUCAUUGCAUCCGCGGGGAACGUAGGCCCAAAUCGAGGCACAGUGGCCAAUGUUGCGCCGUGGGUGACGACCGUCGCCGCCGGCACAAUCGACCGAAGGUUCGCCGCCAAUCUUGUAAUUUCUCCGGAAGUGACGUUCAACGGGACUUCGCUUUACAGAGGGCCCCCCUUGGAUCCCACUCCUCUGCCCCUGGCAUACAGAGGGAAUUGUACGUCGUUGGACGAGAACUUUUCUGGAAAGAUUGUGUUCUGCGACGCGGCGAUACGUCACCCCGAUGUCAACGAGCCGAUAUCGAUUGAUGAGGUUGUGAGAAAUGCCGGAGGUGCUGGCGUGGUGGUAGCCAACAUGCCCCGAGUCGGCCGAGACCUCAUUGCCAAAGACUUUGCCAUCCCUGGCCUUGUCAUAUCCGAGUCCGACGGAAACAUGAGUCGUGCCUUGAUAAUGAAUGGCAUGAUGACAAAUGCCACAAUGAUAUUCCGCGGUGUGGAAUUCGUGACUGACCAGCUGCCAGCUCCAGCGGUAGCUUCUUUCUCCUCCAGAGGCCCUAGUAGCAUUUCACCAUUUGUUAAUAAGCCCGACGUGUUGGCGCCAGGUGUCAACAUCCUAGCGGCAUGGCCAGAGGGCGUCGAGUACAAACUGCUCUCUGGCACAUCCAUGGCCUGUGCGCACGUGUCUGGACUGAUUGCUCUCGUGAAGGCAGUCCACAACGACUGGUCCCCAGCCAUGAUCCGCUCCGCCAUCAUGACCACGGCUUAUAACAUUGCCAAUGAUGGCAACCUCAUACUCAAUAACGAGGAUGCGCAUGAGUCUAUCGCAUGGGAUAUGGGUGCAGGUCACAUAUACCCGAGUGAUGCCAUUGAUCCCGGAUUAGUCUACGAUAUCACCCCGCAAGAUUAUGUGGAUUUCCUGUGCGCCUCAAAUUAUUCGGAUCCUGCGAUACAAAGUAUAACCAGUGACACAUAUGGUCGGACGGCCAAUUGUAAUGAAAGGAUGCCGUGGGACCUGAAUUAUCCAGUCAUCUCUAUUCAUUCCAAGUUAUUAGGUCCUAAUAUCACGGUUACCAGGACCGUGACAAAUGUUGGUGAAGAUGAUGCUACUUACACCGUGAAUGUGACCAAUUCAGAAUGGGUGAGUCUGACGGUAAAUCCGAUGAGAAUGGACUUUACAAGCAAAGGCCAACAGCAAAAUUACGACGUGACUAUAACCGCAACAGGCUUGCCGGGAAGUUUGAUUGUGCAGACGUAUAUAGUUUGGUCAGACGGGAAGCGGCAGGUGGUGUCGCCUGUUGUGAUCUUCCCACCUUAUAGCCUGUCAUAG